AUGUCGAUAGCUAGAAUGAUAGCUUCAAAUCAAGAACAAGUCGAUCAAGGCAUAAAGGCCCUUAUGUCAAACCCUAGAAACGUUAGUAGAUCGAUCGGCUUGGACAUCAUAACGAAGCGAGCUCCAUUGGCGAAUUCCACAACCGUACUUCUUCAGCUUAGUGAUGGUACCCUAUGUCUUAUAAUCCAGCUUCUUUCUUUCCACAAUAAUUAUCUACCCGACUCUCUCUACUACUUUCUAAGCCUGCCUGCUUUUACAUUCGCUGGUUUUGGGAUAAAGGAUACAAUGCCUAUCCUCAAGAAAGAUUAUGGCUUGGUUUGCAAGAACACCCUCGAAGUUGGACCAUCUGCGUGGGACCAUAAAAGAGCUUCUAACAUUUCUAUUCUUAGGUCUAUGCAUGUUCCAGAAUUUCGUUCUUUCUCUGGUUUUUGUAAUGCAGAACUUAAUCUCACUGGGGAAAUGAUCAACCUUGCUGUCUCAAAUGCCUACGCUGCAUUUCGUCUAGGAGAAGAUUUCCUUACAAUAUAA